AUGGCGAGCUCUCAUAUAUCUGUCCCCGAAACACCGCGAGUGAUAUCGCCGUCUCCCUCUUUGUCCGAGAGUUCUGAGGCACGUGACGGGUAUCUUGCUCCGACCACACGAUCAGCAUCCCGCCGACAACGCCUGUCAGGGCUUCCAGAAGCCGAUUCAGGAUCAGAACGAUCCCGCAGCCCCCCAAGCUUGAAUCCUUCGUCCACGCGCGACCGUCGACCACCACGUCGAUCGAAUACGAACAUCCCUGCCUCACCUCCAACCACCAACGAUAGCCCUUCCUCCGAUGGUUUCCUAUCCCCGAAGCUUGCAGAUGCGCUGCGCGACAUCUCUCGCUCUCCUUCACCUCUUGGCCUGAUCCCUCUUCACACGCGAUAUCGCAGUUUCAUUCAUCGACAUGAAAUUCCUCGAAAACUUCUGCAUGUCUCUAUCGGCUUUGUGACACUUCAUCUAUAUAGAAGCGGCGUCCAGACAUCCCAGAUUACCCCAGUGCUCUUCACGGCAUUGGUGCCAAUUGCUGCCACGGAUUUCUUGCGCCAUCGCUCGGAGAAAAUCAAUCAGCUCUACAUCCGGUGCGUUGGUGCGCUCAUGCGCGAAACCGAGGUCUCGGGAUACAAUGGUGUGAUCUGGUAUCUUCUCGGUGCAUAUGUCGUCCUACGCUUCUUCCCUAAAGACGUCGGAGUGAUGGGUGUUCUUCUUCUCAGCUGGUGCGAUACUGCUGCGUCCACAUUCGGUCGUCUAUGGGGACGACACACGCCGCAAUUGCGACGAGGGAAGAGUCUAGCGGGGACAUUAGCCGCUUGGCUUGUCGGCGUUGUCACAGCAGCCGGUUUCUGGGGAUGGUUCGUCCCCUCUGUGGGUAGCUUCCCCGAUGACCCUCCAGAUGCGUUCAUGUUUACCGGGCGUCUGAAUUUGCUCCCUGAUUGCGUUCGAGGGCUUCUUGGGUGGGAGGCGGGUUCCGCCGCCACUACAAUCACCGGCACUCUUGCUCUGGGUGUCAUGAGCGCUGUGUCUGGUGUAGUUGCAGCUGGCAGCGAGCUCAUUGACCUCUGGGGCUGGGAUGACAACCUCACAAUCCCUGUGCUUAGUGGCGUCGGACUCUGGGGUUUCUUGAAAGUUUUCGGUUGA